CUUAUCUCAUGAUAACCAACUGUGAUGAUGAAUUACGACGCAUAUCACGGGAAGCAAGGCAGGCUUUAAAUUGGGCUGUAAAUAUGGCCACCAAAGUUGAGACCAUUUUGGAGGCAUUGCUUAUGGAUGUCCAAGAAACAGAUAUUCUAAACGAAACUCAGCAGCAAUUACGGCAUAUUUGCACAGCUGAAAAUCUGCCAAAGUCAGUUAUGGAAUCAGUCAUUUCUAAUGUGGCAAAGAAGUUCUGUAGGCUAUGGAUAACGUGGAACUCUAGCUGUACUAAGGUCUUACUGUGGAGUCAGCAGUGGAUUGAUGAACCAGGUGGAGACAUUGAGCUGAGAGAAAAAUGGGACAAUGUCAUUGUGAAGAAUAGGACAUUGUGGGAAAAACUAUGUGGAGAGGCAGUGAUAGUAGAACAUGAAAAUGAAGAAGAAGAGGAGGAUCAAGAGGAACCAACUUUUCCACAUGAAUUUGAUGAUUAUUUAGAGUGAUAGCCAUUUUAAUAUUAGUUUGAUUUCCAAUAAUGUUUAAUAGAUAAUAAGAAAAUGAUGAAUAUAUACAUGAGCUGGUCAAGCAGGCAUGUCUGGG